AUGAAGUAUCAGCACAGGUUCUCUCCCUUUUCCACUCUUGAAACAAUAAAAAAGUUUCUGAAGUUAAGCCUUAACAAUGUACACGCAUUACAUAUAAUAAUCUUUCAUCUCAUCUCUUCUAUUACAGAAGGAAGUCCAUACACAUGGUGGAUUGGCAAAGGCAACGAGAAGCACUACUACUGGGGAGAUUCUGGACCUGGAAUUCAGAAGUGUUCAUGUGGAAUUGAUAGAAACUGCACUGACAGUAAAUUCUUCUGCAAUUGUGAUGCUGACCAGAGGCAAUGGAGGAAGGAUGAUGGUAUCUUAUCCUAUAAGGAUCACCUGCCAGUCACACAAGUUAUUGUUGGUGAUACAUAUCGUUCUUCAUCAGAGGCAAAGCUGACUGUCGAUCCCCUGCGAUGUUAUGGAGACAAAAACUACUGGAAUGCAGUGUCCUUCAUCGCACCAAACUCUUUCCUUCAUUUCUCUACAUUCCAAGGAGAAACCAGCGCCGAUAUCUCUUUUUACUUUAAGACGUCUGCCCCAGAUGGAGUAUUUGUAGAAAACAGAGGAAGCACAGACUUUAUAAAAAUAGAACUCAAGUCCAACACCGAAGUCUCGUUUUCAUUUGAUGUUGGAAAUGGCCCCGUGGAGCUUAUUGUUACCUCUCCCACUCCGCUGAAUGAUGACCAGUGGCAUCGGGUCAGAGCAGAGAGAAAUGUGAAAGAAGCCAGAUUACAGGUCGAUCAGCACCAACCACAGAUUCGGAAAGCGCCCACUCACGGUCACACGCGACUUGAGCUCACCAGCCAGUUCUAUGUUGGUGCUGCUGGAGACCAGAAAGGAUUUUUGGGAUGCAUCCGUGCAUUGAGAGUAAAUGGCGUUCCCUUAGACUUGGAAGAAAGAGCAAAGGCAACACAAGGUGUAAAGCCUGGUUGUUCAGGACACUGCACAAGUUAUAAGAAUCUCUGCAAAAAUGGGGGCACAUGUAAUGAACUGUACAAGGGCUACACAUGCGACUGUUCAAGAACUGCAUAUGAUGGGAACAACUGUAUCAACGCUGUUGGAGGGUACUUUGAAGAAGGCACAUGGCUGAGAUAUAAUUUCCAUACAGCUUCUACUUCAGCAGUGGUCAGCCCAAAAGAUAUGUCUAAUAUUCCACAGACUACGGCUUCCGAGAAUUCCUUAACAAAAGAAGAGCUGCUUUUUAGCUUCAGUACCAGCAAAGUACCAUGUAUCCUCGUGUACGUCAGUUCCUAUUCUCAGGAUUAUAUGGCUGUGCUCCUAAAGCCACCAGGUGUCUUACAAAUUCGGUAUAAUUUAGGUGGCACCAAAGAGCCAUAUAUUAUAGAUAUCAGUGACCACAAGAAUAUGGCGAAUGGCCAACCACACAAUGUCAAUAUAACAAGGAUUGGGAGGAGCAUCAUCUUCCAGCUCGAUCAUUACCCACCAGCCACAUACAACCUUCCUGCUUCUUCUGAGACUCGGUUUAAUAGGCCAAAGGCCCUUUUCCUUGGGAGAGUGUUGGAGACUGGCACGAUAGACCAGGAGAUCCAAUCAUACAAUACCCCAGGCUUCAGCGGAUGCCUUUCUAGAGUUCAGUUCAACCUUAUCGCUCCACUGAAGUUAGCCUUAAGAUCGAGGAAUAAUUCCCAGGUGCAAGUCGUGGGAGAACUAGUGGAAUCGAACUGUGGUGCAUCCCCGCUUACUAUUCCACAAAUGGAAUCGGUUAAUAAUCCUUGGCACAUAAACCCAGAGACUGCCAACUUCCCGAACAACGAAGGACAAGCCAUUAAAGAUGGUGUGAACAGAAACUCUGCAAUCAUUGGAGGUAUCAUCGCAGUGGUGAUUUUCACUAUACUCUGCACCCUGGUGUUCCUGAUACGCUACAUGUUUCGCCAUAAGGGGACCUACCACACCAAUGAAGCUAAGGGAGCUGAAUCUGCAGACAAUGCUGAUGCCGCCAUCAUCAACAAUGACCCCAACUUUACUGAGACCAUCGACGAGAGCAAAAAGGAAUGGCUAAUCUAAACCUGGUGAAAUUGGCGUCAAAGGAAUGGGUUCUGGUGUGUUGAGAGGGACUACGUCUUGUCAGUGCUCGGCUCCAGACUUCUCCUCACAAGAUCAGUACAGCCAGGCCCCCCCCCAUGAAGGGCCAAACACUACACUGACAAAAAUUGCAUAAACUUUGAUGAAAGCAUUUGAAAUUUAUUUUUAUUUUUGUUUAUGUUUAUGUUUGGUUUUGCUCCUUCUCUAUUCCCCUGUCCAAAACAAAAAAUAUGAGCUUUUAGCGUUUCAGCCUUGGUUUGGAUCUGUCAGUUAUAUCUGUAUUUUUCUGUGUAUGUUUAGAGGCAAUCUAAAUACUGAACAAAUGAAAAGGAUCAGUUGUAUAAUGUUUUAUAAGCCCUUGAAAUAUUAAUUUAAAGAAGCCAACAUAUAUUAUAUACACAACCUGUUAUAUAUAAAACUGUGUAAGCGUUUAUAUAUAAUCUCACACACAAACCAUGUCAUUGUCCUAAAAUUCAUCUACUUCCUUUGCCCUAUAUAUAUCAGAAAUACAUACAUUGCAUGCAUAGGCACUGCGGUAACUUAAAUGGUUUAGGUCGGAGCAUUACCAUGCCAAUAAAGAAUGUAUUUGCCAUUUUUUUUUAGAAGUUGUUGCUAUAUUCUAAUACAUUUAAGGAUAGACAACCUGUGCCACUAGUGUACAGACCAUAGUUGGAACUAGAGGUCAGCCAUAAGUUGCCUAACCCUAAAAAUGGGGACUAUGCACUAAGGUAUUCUUGGUGUAGUGAAAUCAAAAUGUUUGAAUGGUACACAUUGCAAAAGAAAAAAAAAUAUUAUGAAAUAUAUUGCACCUUUUUCUGGUA